AUGGCGUUUGAGCAAGUUGUACCGCCACCAGCAGCUACGGCAGCUACUCCAGCUACUCCAGCUUCCCCAGUCUCCUCAAUGAGCGCACCAAUGUCACCGCCUUUGACGGACCAGAAGGGCGAAUCAGACGCAUAUAUCAGUGACAACGAGCUGCCACCUCCUUUGAACAAGGAUACAGAUCGCCCUGCAGACGCUGAUAUCGAAGACAACUACGUUCAGAGAACUCUAGCAAAUGCAAAGCCUAAGCCACCAAUCACUUGGUCUACUUUGCUGGGUGAAAUUAAUUACAUUUCGACUACACUUUUACUUGGAGUGCCCAUCAUUUCCAUCUAUGGCGCUUUAACUACAGAGUUGAAAUGGCAAACAGCCCUUUUCAGUGUUCUCUACUAUUUCUUCACUGGUUUGGGUAUCACUGCUGGAUACCACAGAUUAUGGGCUCAUAGAGCAUAUAACGCUUCUUUACCCCUUCAAUAUUUCCUUUGUCUCGCUGGCUCGGGCGCUUGUGAAGGUUCCAUCAAGUGGUGGUCUAGAGGCCACAGAGCCCAUCACAGAUAUACCGAUACCGAACUUGACCCUUACAACGCUCAUCGCGGUUUCUGGUACUCUCACGUUGGUUGGAUGCUUGUCAAACCACGUAUCAAGCCAGGUGUUGCUGAUAUCUCUGAUUUGAUCAAGAACCCUGUGAUUAGAUUCCAACAAAAGCAUUACGUUAAGUUAUUGCUCAUCAUGGGUUUCAUUAUUCCAACUGUUUUACCUGGUUUAUUAUGGGGUGAUUACCGCGGUGGUUACUUUUACGCUGGUGCUGCUCGCUUGUUAUUCGUUCACCACUCCACAUUCUGUGUAAACAGUUUAGCACAUUGGUUAGGUGAACAACCAUUCGAUGAUAAAAACACACCAAGAAAUCACUUUAUCACUGCUUUAUGUACUGUCGGUGAAGGCUACCACAACUUCCAUCAUCAAUUCCCAAUGGACUUUAGAAACGCUAUCAGAUGGUACCAAUAUGACCCAACUAAAUGGUUCAUUAGCGUUUGUUACGCACUCGGUUUAGCCACGCAUUUGAAAAUGUUCCCAUCAAAUGAGAUUAAGAAGGGUGAAUACACAAUGGAAUUGAAAAAAUUGGAAAGAGUUGGUGAAGAAAUCAAUUGGCCAAUUGACUCGAAUGAGUUACCAGUUAUUUCAUGGACUUCAUUUCAACAGCAAGCUAAAGAGAGACCACUGGUUUUGAUUCAUGGUUUCAUUCAUGAUGUGUCUUCAUUUAUGGAUGAACACCCAGGUGGAAAGCACCUCUUGUCAAAGCAAGUUGGUAAGGAUGGUACAACGGCCUUCUUUGGUGGUGUAUACGAUCACUCCAAUGCCGCUCACAACCUGCUCGCAAUGAUGAGAGUUGGUAUUCUCGAUGGUGGUAUGGAAGUGGAGAUACUCAAGAUAGAAGAAGCACAAGCUAAGAAGAAGGAGCAAGCGCUGUCUAUUGUUAAGGAUAUAGAGAAUGAGCAAGACAGGAAGCGUGCGCACGACGAAGCAAUGAAGGAUGUCAAGAGGAUUGAGCAUGAGAUGCAAUUAGCCUUGCUGAGAGCACCACCUCAACAAGUGAGAUCGAGGAAGGCCACGGAUUACUUCCCACCAUCCCAACAACUCAGCAUAAAGAAGCAGGCUGAUAGUUAG